CUCGUCGGAAUUAAUAAGGUUUUUUUUUCCAGAGAGAGAGAGAGAGAUGGAGAGAGAGUUGAUGGAGGCAGAUAUAGUGGUGGCGUCGCGAUUGAGCUUUAAGAAGAAGCAAGCCUACGAAAAGUACCCAAAAGCACAAUCAAGCAGCAGAAGGUGGAAACACCUCAAGCAGAUUCUUCAAGCUGAGAACUUCCCAGAUCUUCCUCCCGACCUCCCCACUUAUGUUAACAUUGAAUCGCCUCCUUCCACUCAACCAUGCAAGAGACUUUGCGAUAUUACUGGAUAUGAGGCACCUUAUGUGGACCCAAGAACAAACCUCCGCUAUGCUAAUGCUCAUGUUUUCCAGACUGUGAGAUCACUUUCUUCCGACCAAGUCCACCAGUAUCUCUCCAUUCGCAAUGCUGCUGUUGUUCUCAAGUAGCACCUAGCAUCAUCUUAUUCUCUUACUUGUAAACCAACAACAUGUUGAAUCCUUCCUUAUUAUUUAUGGUGUGAUUUGCUUGGGACAUAUAUGAUUGGAUUUCCCUUAA